UACUUCGCCACGUUCCCCUAUUUUUUUUACCAGCCCCCACAGUCAUACUCAAGUGGUAGAGUCCAUUCAUCGGAAGCACCGUCAUGGAGUUCCUGAUGCAAACGGAGUCUGAAUCUAUUAGCGCAGUGUUCAAAGAAUACAGCCAGUUCCCCACCCCAGUUUCAGUCACCGUGUAUCCAGAAGUACAAGCUACCCCUGGGACGAGGUACAUUAGCUUAUUUGCAGAGUGGAGCCAGAAUGAGACAGACCGAGGAACAAGGUUGCGAUAUAGCAAGCAGUACACCCUACUGUGUGAUGACAGGGCGGUGCUGAAAACACUGCCCCCUGGUCACUGCAGCCACGUUAAUGGAGAAUUGCUCAGCAGACACUCUCCCUCUAGAACACUCAAGGCUGUUGUCAGAGAAACCAGUUCUCAGGGCAAGGCUCACCAAUUUCUCGAGAUAUGGAACAGGCAUGGUUAUAUGAAAAGCCUUGACCUCACCUCCUUAAACAAACAUGGGAGAGUGUACGAAGAUGCUCAGUUCGGCUGCUUGGCCUGGUCUGCUUGUGAAGGGAGGGUGCUAUACGUCGCAGAGGGGAGGCAGUCUAAGGUGGAAUCAUCUACUGUCCCGGAAUCCAGGCCAGCCAGCGAGGAUGCUGGGGAAGGGAAUUCUGGAAAGGAGUUAACAACUGGCAAGGAGGACCAGAAUGUGUACUUGGAAGACUGGGGAGAAGGCCUUGUUCAGAAGAGUGUCCCAGUGUUGUGUGUAGCUGAUAUAGGCAAGUGCACAGUAACAGUGCUGCAGGGCAUCCCCACACAGGUGUCCCCUGGCCAGGCGCUGUGGUCCCCAGGGGAUGAGGGUGUGCUGUUUGUGGGAUGGUGGCACGAGCCUUUUCGACUGGGCCUGAAGUUCUGCUCCAACCGGAGAUCCGCUCUUUUUCAUGUAGACCUUGAAGGGAACUGUGAGUGCCUUUCCUCAGACCAGAGUGCGGUCUCAUCUCCUCGUCUCAGCCCAGACAGAAGCUGCAUUGUCUACCUGCAGGGCCAGGUGUUUGGGCCCCACAACCAGUGUCUCAGCCUGCAGCUGUAUGACUGGGAAACUAAGAGGACCUCUUUGCUGGUGGAUGUAGUCAAGAGACCACAGGACGGGGAGUUUGCUGGGCUGUAUGAAGCCUUGCCCCCACGCUGCUGGUCUGCAGACAGCCAGAGGGUGCUGUUCAGCAGUGGCAGGCGGAACUGGAAGGAGCUCUUUGUGGUGGACAGAAGCACAAAAAGAGUCACUCGUCUUGUUGACAUUGAGGAAUUUGGAAGCUGGAAGCUGCUGGCCAUUGAAAGAGACGUGAUGGUGGUCAACUGUUCCUCCCUCAACAAAGCUCCAUGCCUGAAAGUGGGGUUCCUGCCCCCAGCAGGGGGAGAAGCUGGGGUAUCCUGGACUGCCCUGAAUGAGCCCCAACACAUCCCACACCUGGAGUGGAGGGUCCUGAACGUCACCCCUGCGGCCCAGGAGGAGAACGCUGAAUACUCUGGCCUUGAUUUCGGAGCUCUUCUGGUGAAACCCCGCGUUCCUCGAUCUGGGGUAAAGGUGCCCCUGGUGGUGUUCGCUCAUGGUGGUCCACACUCGCAGUUCUCAGCUGAGUGGAAUGUUUCCUCUGCUGCUCUGGCCAGGGUGGGCUUUGCUGUGCUCAUGGUGAACUAUCGGGGGUCCACUGGAUUUGGGCAGGACAGCAUCCUGUCUCUUAUUGGGAACAUUGGCAGCCAGGAUGUCAAGGAUAUGCAGAGAGCAGUGCUGACUGCCCUGCAGAGCGACACGACCCUUGACCCCAGGAAAGUGGCUGUGAUGGGCGGCUCUCACGGAGGGUUCCUGGCCUGCCACCUGAUUGGCCAGUACCCAGACUUCUACGGAGCCUGUGCGGCCCGGAACCCUGUCAUUAACGGUGCCACCCUGCUGGGCACCAGCGACAUCGUGGACUGGCGCUACUCAGCGGUGGGGCUCCAGUACUCGUUUGACCGCCUGCCCAGCCCAGAUGCUCUGACCGCUAUGUUCCAGGUGUCUCCCAUUGCUCAUGCCGCUCAGAUCAAGGCUCCUGUACUGCUUCUGUUGGGAGGUAAAGACAAAAGGGUGUCCCCCCACCAAGGCCUGGAGCUGUACCGUGCGCUGAAGAGCAGAAACUCCCCCGUUAGACUGCUGUGGUUUGCAGAAGACGGCCACUCGCUGGCCCGUGUGGACACGCAGGCAGACUGCUUCCUCAACGUGGUCCUCUGGUUCCAGAAGCACCUGGGCCUGCGCUGAGCAGCUGCACGGGAGGGCCCGCUGUGCAGAAGUAGCCCUUCACUUGAAAGACAACCUGCUGAAAUACUGUACCGCGGAGCCUCGGAGAUAAGAACUCAUGCACACUGGGAAAUCUUACAUGUUCGUGACAUUGUAAAACUGACAUAAAACUAUGCGGAUUUCAAUGGUUUGAAUCUUUUUUUGAUUGAAAACUGUGGCUGUAUUUUAAUAGGCCACUCCCACUUUAUAUACUUUACCGAGAUUUAAGUUAAUCACCAACAAUGAUUACAACAAAAUAAGGAUUUCAUGAGAAUAUUCAUGAAUUUUUUUCAGUGUCAGCUUUCUUGACAAUACAAUGAUCUGUUUUUGAAACACUUGACUUCCCUACAUAGUAUUCUUUAGCAGAAGUACACACAGAUACCCGCUGUCUGACAUAAUGCAUUUCCUGCAUGUUCACAGCAUCCUGCAGUAUCCUACAGACACAACUAGUGGCUACAUACGAGUCAGAGUUGGUUGCACUGUGAUACUGGGACUGUCAGAGAGGCUCUGAUGUGUCAUUGAGUUAAAUGGUCAGUGGAAUAGUAACCAGAAGUGAUGCUGUGUAAUGUUGGUGGGAGGAUCCAAUUGCAGUCAUACCACUUCUCACAAUGAACAUUAGGGGGCAGUGUUGCAUCGUGUGUCCCUGAAAUCGCCGCUCCUGCCAUUCAAGACAACAGUGUUUAAAUUGGUUUAUAGUUAACAUACAUUUUUUGGCUAAUAAAGCAAAAUUUUGUGGAGAA